UUCGGAGAAGAAAUACAGAAAGCUAAAAAAAGGGUAAAGGUGUGAAAAUGAAUGCCCUGGGAGCUGUAGAUAAGGUUACACCUGUCGUCAAGGACAAUUUGAAAGGAAACUUAAAAAAUAUAAUAAACCAGGAUCUGGGCUGUUAGUCAUAAAGCUGCCGAAGCCUUCUCACUGCUCCAGUGGACAAGACGAGGCACCGUCGACUUCGCACCCAAAAUGCGGUGGCUCGCCUUACUGUGCCUGACUGUGUUUGCCUCGGUGAGAGCGGACCCAGCUGACAACGACACCGGCGACACCGGCAAACCUGAUGGUGACAAGCCAGAAAUUGCACGGGGGAAAGUCAUUGCUCCCAGUGUAGUUGGAUGAUCCAUUAAGAGCAUGCCGGAGCUGCGGGAGUUCCUCAUGGAGAGAUGGGCGCUAUAUCACAAUCUGCAGUACGACUCCACUGAGCAACAGGAGCCGCAGCUGGUCCUCUACGACAAGGACGACACAAUUGUGAAGGCCAUCAGCAUAAAGGAUAUGAAAGCUGAUGAGAUCAGCGCCCUCCUUGACUCCUUGGGAUUUUACAAACGCUCACAGAAAGGUGAAGACGUUCCUGAAGAGUUUCAGCAUCUGCCUCUUCGAAUGCUACGAGAUGAACUGUGAGAGACAGCGCCACCCAGUGGGAUGCAUGAAUGACGUCAGGGACCAAAAGGUCAAGCCAGGACAAAGUUUCUGACUGAGCAACCACGCUUCUCAUGGGAGGCUAUUUGUCAUUAAAAAAAAAAAAGC